CAGAAUAUGUCUCCAAUUCUCUCCGGUACUCAGUCGCCAGCUCGUCAACGCAGCAACUCGUCGUCAUCCUCCGCUGAGAUUUCCUCCUCAGUUCGAGUCUCCGCUCUGGUUCGGGAUCAACCCUUCCCACUGUGGGCUGAUCUCUACAGUGUUUUGCUCUUCCGAUCACCACAAACCGCCACUCUUGAUGUCGACGAAAGCUGCCAAGCCUUCCGCUGCAUCGAGCUAUCACUCACCACAUGCCACCGACGUCGAGCACCCCAUAGCCAACUCCUGCCAAAUGCCUUAGCAGGUCCCUCUGCAGCCAUUCCAAUUUCACCUCCUACCAACUCUUCAACACCUAGUGCCUUUCAUGCAGUCAGUCGGAUGGUAAAACACUCCCCUGUUCCUUCAUGCGGUGCUUUUUCUGAGGAUAUGCGUUUGCUUGUUGUGGGAUUCGAGAAUGGAACUGUUCAUGUGCUGCAGUUGAAUUGUUCCAAUGACCCUUUAAGUGGUUUCAGGUCCUAUCGGCAUCUUUCCAUCUCCUCGAAAUGUAGCACUUCCGAGCCAGGAUGUGGUGAAGGAAGAUCCACUGUUGCUAGUCGUGACCUCCCACUUGAUAUUGUCUCCUCUGCUGUCAAGGUUACUCAUUUGUCUAUUUGGACACCUCCCCAGGACUUUGAAGAUCCUGAGCUUGAACUUGUGGUUGGUGUAGCUACUGCGGGUGGUACUAUUCAUGUCUGGGAAAUAAGGCGCUCCAGACCCAUUAGUGCUCGCUGCGACUCUUCAUUCGACACCAGUCAGGUACCUGAGAUGAAGACUCCUCCGACACAUCAGUGGUUACGAAUGCACUUGCCAGGUCCCGCACAAUCAACUAAUACAUCCGACCCUCCGCAAACCUCUACUUUCUCUCCCCUCUUCCCCUAUGAGACAGAAGUGACCCCUCCGUCCGUUGUAGAUCAAUCUGUGAUAGUCUGGUUUCGGCUCUUUGCUAAUCUGGAACCAUUGCAUCAAUCGAAAUCGUCGAAUGGAGCUUCAGUUACCUGGAGGGGUCGAAUCGCAUGGCUGUCAGCUGGACGAGAUGGCUUUGUUUGUGGCAGAAGCCUCCAGAGUUCUGAUGGAGACGAUUCAUCUUGGAAUUUGAAUCUCGUGGCUCAUAAAUCAGCUGAAAUUACUGGGGUGGAUGUAGACCCAGAAGGCCGGUGGUUAGCCACUGCAGCUUCUGACGGAGCUGUCUGUGUAUGGUGUUUAUCAACGGAGAAGAAGGUAUUUGAGAGUUCACACAAGCCAUUGGCUGUUCGUUGUGUGGCCUUCCGUCCGAUUGCUACAGCCAAUGAGAUGGGAACCGAGAUGCUGCUAGCUUCUGGGGACGCUGGUGGAAACCUUCGCGUCUGGCGACUCACGGCUCCCAGGUAA